ACAAUUAAUUUUCAGCUAGUCCAUUUUGAUUUUGGCAUAAACCCAUUGUUUUGUAAUUGGUUCCACGAUUUCUUAUCGUCCCGAACAUUUUCAGUAAAAGUUAACAAUCACAUUGACCCCAACAUUCAUCCCAUCCCCUCUGGUGUUCCCCAGGGAAGUGUAUCUGGGCCUUUCCUUUUUCUCAUUUUCAUAAAUUCUCUACUGUUGAGCCUGCCCCCAACCAUCUCCUGCUCUGCAUUUGCAGAUGAUCUCAAGGUUUACUCACAUUCCCCUCCCCUCAUUCAAACAACAAUUGAUCUCAUUACAGCCUGGUCUGAAAAUAAUAAGCUCCCACUUGCCCACUCAAAGACCUGUCUUCUUCAUCUCGGUAAAAAAAACCCUAAAACUGUUUACAAAAUCAAUAAUUUGCCUAUAUCCCCAUCAAAUAUAGCCCGUGAUUUGGGAAUCCUUACUGAUUCUAAACUUACCUUCAAAACCCACAUUAAGAAGAUCGUUUCUCUAGCCCUUUUACGUUGCAAGCAAUUAUUGAAAUCAUUUAAAUCCUUAUGUCCUGAAUUCUAUUGUAAUUUAUUCAAGACCUGCAUUCUCCCCCUCAUCGAAUACGGUUCUGCCGUAUAUUCCCCCAAACCCUCUUCUUCCCUAUCAACUCUUCUUGAAAAACCACUCCGAUGGUACUCUCAAAAAGUACUGCAAAAAUAUAUCCUACUCUUCAUAUAUAUAAUAUUUAUUGAUUUUUUUUCUUCUCAA